GCUUUGGACAUUACAUCCUACUGAGAGUAGAAGACUGAUAGCUAUACCACAUUAGGGAAGACCAAACCUGGAAUUUGGACCUGUUGGUUCUUUUGACGAACUCAAAUGUAGGGUGUCACCAUGAUUCUCAGAACCUCUCAAGUUGCUGCACUGCUGCUGCUGUCUUCACAUCUCCUGCAUGCAUCUGCGCUACCUGCAGCAUCUUCCUAUGAGUUCAAGGCCUACAGGAUGCAACAGUACAACUUACAUCAGGACAAAUAUGGUUGCCGUGGAGCUAUUGUGGUGGCAGAGGCCCGAUCAGCUGUGGACACAAGUCUGACUCGCCGCUGUGUGAUCAUGAAGCUGCCUGAUUUCACCACAGAGAGUUACCUGGAGGCCAAAAGACAGAAUGCAGCAGCUGUGUUAAUCUUGCUCCCCCAAAACAUUUCUGCUGUAUCAGAGGAUAUAAUGCAGGGCUUCACGGUGGCUGAAUCUCAGAUCUUACAGCAGGAAACUCUUAUGCCUGUGUAUGUGGUCCCAGAGGAUGACCAGCUGCUAUACAUGUAUGAGGAGGUCAAUAAAGCAGCAGCCACCAAGUCUGCCUCUGCAUUAGUGAGAGUUCUCCGUAGUAUAGUAUCUGCAACAGCGUUCCAAAUAUUAGUGAGCAACAACUCCCCCAUCAACCAAGUUACUGAUACCACCAUCAUUACUUUAGAGGGAGUACUUCUUGGAGCUGGAGAAGACCAGCCCACUAUAGUAAUUACGGCUCAUUACGACACAUUUGGUCUUGCGCCGUGGCUGGCAUAUGGUGCAGACUCAAAUGGCAGUGGCGUCACCAUUCUUCUCGAGCUGGUUCGAAUCUUUCAGCGGCUCUACAGCGAUCCACGAAGCAAAGCUCCAUACAACCUGCUAUUCUCCCUAACUGGUGGUGGUAAAUAUAACUUCCUUGGCACCAAACAUUGGCUGGGGGAAAAUAUGGACCAUGCAGAAUCUAGUCUCUUGCAUGAUAAUGUGGCAUUCGUCCUAUGUUUGGACACUCUUGGCACUGGAGAUGAGCUUUAUCUGCAUGUUUCACGACCACCUAAGCCUGGAACCUCUCAAUAUGAUUUCAUUUUGCAGUUGGAGCAGAUCAUCUCUGCCAGGUUCCCUUGGGUGAGAUUUGGAGCUGUCCAUAAGAAGAUCAACUUGCAGGAAACCACAGUGGCUUGGGAACAUGAGUGCUAUGGAAUGAAAAGGAUCCCAGGAUUCACUCUGUCGCACAUUGAGAACCCCAAAUCAGAGCUGCGAGGGUCGAUUCUGGACACCAUGGCACAGGUGGAUAUCAGGAAACUCAAGAGGAAUGCUGUUAUUGUUGCCGAGUCCUUGGCAAGAUUCAUGUACAAUCUUUCAGACAAGGGCUCUCCUAAGGACAUUCAGGUGUUCAAGGGCAGCUUGGAUAUUCAAGACAGUCGUUUGUCUGCAUUAAUGGCAAUGAUGACGUCUGUUCCCCGAGCCGUUCAGCUACUGGACAGAGAACCAGAACACAUGCUCCUGCUCAACAGCCUGGAACAGGAGUUCAAACACUAUCUAAAGCAAGUCCAUAGACAUACAUUCCACCAGGACCGAAGGGAUCCUGAAAUCACAUUCUUUGAUCAAAUGAGUCAACCAAUGAUGAUGUACAGGGUGAAGCCUGCUGCCUUUGACCUAUUUUUGGGUGGCUGUAUAGCUGGAUACCUUGGAGUAGUCUACUAUGCAAUCCAGAACUUUGGGAACAUCUAUACACAAUUUAAAGCAACCAUGAAAGCCAAGCACCAAUAAACUGGAAUAAACCAGUCAGACACAUCAAAAAGCCAAUACACAUAUGAAUGUCAGGCCUUCAGAGGAAUAAAAACAUGUAUGCUUUUGGAAUUUAAAGAGGCUUCCUUGUAUAUUUUAUCAUUCCUUUGCAGUUUCUCCUGUUUUUCUAUUUUGAUAUCUUUACUUUACAUUAAAGAUCACCACUCUCUUACCAUUGUGUUACGUCCUUGAGACGUAUUUUAAUGUUAUGCGGGUUGACAUGUGUUAUUGUUGUUGUAAUAUGCCUGCUGGGGGCGGGUGUUCUCUGUGUUUUCUUAUUUUUCUCUUUAACAAAAACCACACCCUGAUUGGAGAUGCAGCCGAGAUCUGAGCUAUAUAAUUCGCAGAAUUCGGCUGUGUCUCGUUUGGAAGGAUGCAUCCUCCGGAGUUCGCAUUUGUCAGCCGCAUACGUCUCUUUUCUAUUUAAUUUUAUUAUUAUUUUUAUUGGGAAUGCAAUAAUGGUUAAUAAUUGUAUAAAUGUAAGUGCAUAUACAUGAAAGUAAUUUAUGUAUAAAGUAAAAAAAAAUUAAUAAUAAUAAUAAUUAAAUGAGACGAGGUCGAUGACGUAUGCAGCCGACAUAUGCGACCUCCGGAGGACGCAUCCUUUCAAACGACACAGCCUUCCUUUAGAGACUUGUUGUUUGCUCUCCAUGCACGUGUCCUCGGGUAUCUUUGAUUCACCUGCCUAAGAAACCUCUUUGUGAGCAGAGUGUUUUUCUACCAUCUGUGCUGUGUGCUAAGACUGAAGAAGUACUAAAUUGCUUGACUUUAUUUAUAAUUUUUGAACACUUUGUUUCUAUAGAAAAUUGUAGGUAGGAGGACGGCAUUUUUGUUUUUAUUGACCUGCUUUUUCUCCUGUUUUUGGCUAGUUCGGGAGUAAGGGUAGAAUUGUUUAUUGUUUGUAUUUUAUCUGAUUAAAGGUUAGAUAGUUCUUCUACUCAUUAGUAUACCGUUUUGUUUAUUAUUUUGGCCUGGUCCCCUCCUGAAGCCAUCUUUAGAUUGUAUUUUAAACCAUUAAAUAAUAUCUUUGUUUUGA